CAUGCGUGCCCACUGCCCAUGGUUCCUCCUGAUUCUGGGAUUUGUGGCUUCGGCUUCAUACAACCCAACAACUAGAUGGAUUGUUGACCAUCCCCAAACCCUCUUUGCCUGGGAGGACGCCUGCAUCUGGAUUCCUUGCAAGUACAAAAUACCAAAUUCCAAUACACAGUUGGACAACAUCCUCCUUUUUCAGAAAUAUGAGUUUGACAAUGACACCAGGAAAUUCAAAGGAACUAUCCUGUACAACAAGACUGGGAUGAACACAAAGUCUGACCAGUUCUCUUCUCAGCAAGAAAGAGUAACAUUUCUAGGAAACAGAAAAGACAAUUGUACCCUGAAAAUCCACCCGAUAUAUGCCAAUGACAGUGGGAAGCUGGGGUUGAGGAUGAUCUCAGGGACUGACAGAUGGAUGGAGGGCAUUCACCUCAACAUCUCCAAGAAACCAUUCCAACCUUACAUCCUGCUGCCACCAGAAAUCAGAGAAUUCCAAAGUGUCACUCUGACCUGUAUCCUGAAUUUCACCUGCUUUGGAUAUGACAUCCACUUGCAGUGGGACCUGAAAGACUCCAAGACUACCUCCAUCACCUCCUCUAUCUCCUCCUCCGUUAGCAAUGUUUAUACAAAGAGUAGGCUCACCUUCCAACCAAAGUGGACAGACCACGGAAAGAAAGUGACAUGUGAAGUCCAGCAUACCUCCAAAGUGCUCUCUGUGAACUCAGUGCAUCUGGAUGUUAAAUACACCCCGAAGCUGAAGAUCCAGGUCAAUUCCACAGAGGUCAAGGAGGGCAACUCUGUGACAAUGACAUGCCAGGUUAUCGGCAGCAACCCAGAACUCAGGACAGAGGUGUCCUGGUUCAAGGAUGGGCGCCCCCUGCAGGAACAGGAAUGGGAACAGGAACAGGAACAGGAACAGAUGUCCAAGCUAACUCUGCAUUCAGUGACCAAGGACAUGGGAGGGAAAUACCAGUGCCGGGCUUCCAACGACAUAGGUGAAGGAGAGUCGGAAGAAGUGGUACUCACAGUCCUCUAUGCUCCAAAGCCCUCCAGGGUUCACAUCUCUCCCUCACCGGCUGAAGAGGGACAGUCAGUUGAGCUGAUCUGUGAUUCACUGGCCAGUCCAAGAGCAACAAAGUACACCUGGUAUCACAACAGGAAGGAAGUACCUGGAGACACCCAGGAGAAGCUCCAGAUCACUAAUGUCUCCCUGUGGCAUGUUGGGAAUUACUCUUGCUUGGCAGAGAACCAUCUAGGUCGUGGAACGAUAUACCAGGAAGCGGAUCUGGAUGUCCAGUACGCUCCCAAGGCAGUAACCACAGUGAUUCAAAGCUUCACACCAAUUCGGGAAGGAGACAAUGUGACCCUGGUCUGUAAAUACAACUCCAGCAAUCCAGACGUCACCAACUACGAAUGGAGCCCUCGAGGUUCUGGGAGCGAGGUCACACCCGGAGUGCUGAAGAUUCAGAAAGUGACAUGGAAUUCCAUGCCCGUCAGCUGUGCUGCCUGUAACCACAAGUGUUCGUGGGCCCCUUCUGUCAGCCUGAAUGUCCACUACGCCCCCAGAGCCGUGAAGAUACUGAAGGUGAGCCCCGCAUCAGAGAUCCACGCUGGGCAUCGCGUCCUCCUCCAAUGUGCCUUCUCAGGGAGCUACCCUGCAGAGGUCCGCUUCUUCUGGAAGAAGAAUGGGAGUCUUGUGCAGGAAGGGAGAGACCUGACCUUCAGCUCCAUCUCUCCAGAAGAUUCUGGAAAUUAUAACUGCAUGGUCAGCAACUCUGUUGGAGAGACCUCGUCACAGGCCUGGAGCCUCCAAGUGCUGUAUGCUCCUCGGAGGCUUCACGUGUCCAUCACCCCCGGGGACCGCGUGAUGGAGGGGAAGAAGGCCACCUUGUCCUGUGAGAGUGAUGCUAAUCCGCCCAUCUUUAAAUACAUCUGGUUUGACUCCAGUGGCCAAGACCUCCACUUUUCAGGCCAGAAACUGAGACUGGAAUCCCUGAGGGUCCAACACACGGGUUCCUACCACUGCCAAGGGACCAACGACCUAGGCACAGGAGAGUCACCACCCAGCACCCUCACUGUCUACUACAGUCCAGAGACUAUUGGCAAGCGGGUCGCCUUGGGACUAGGGUUCUGCCUGACUGUCUGCAUCCUGGCCAUCUGGGGGAUGAAAUUCCAAAAAAAAUGGAAGCAUAGCCAGAGCCAGCAGGGGCUUCAGGAAAAUUCCAGUGGCCAGAGCUUCUUUGUGAGGAACAAAAAGGCUAGAAGGACCCCUCUCUCAGAAGGCCCCCAAUCCCAGGGAUGCUACAAUCCGGCCAUGGAUGACACCGUUAGUUACGCCAUCUUGAACUUUCCAGAGAGUGAAACGCACAGCGCUGGAGAUGCAGGGACCCCAGCAACACAGGGUCCUCCUCCAAGCAACGACACAGUCACGUACUCGGUGCUACAGAAGCGGCAUAUGGGUGAUUAUGAGAAUGUAAGUCCAAGCUGCCCCGAGGAUGACAGUAUCCAUUACUCGGAGUUGGUUCAAUUUGGGGCUGGUAAGCGGCCCCAGGCAAAGGAAGACGUAGAAUAUGUGACCCUCAAGCACUGAGGUGGGUAGUAGCUGCAGUGGCAGGCUCUGGAGCCU